AUGACGAUUGACGAGCAGCUCUCGAAAGCCGAAGACCUUAAAGCACUCGGAAACAAAGCUUUCGAGCAAGGAGACCUGGCUGAAGCGCUCAACAAGUGGCAUCAUUCUUUACUGUACUGCGCCGGUAUCAACUCCUUUGCUACAUUAUAUGGCGCCCGUUCCACGGAUGCAGAGAACGAUCGUGCUGCAGGUAUCACGAGCGCUGUCUACAACAACAUGGCCGCAUGCUAUCUUCGGCAAAGCAAGUGGGAGAAAGCCAUCUACGCGGCUACAAAGGCAUUGGCUCUCGCACCGGAGAACCUCAAAGCGCUGUAUCGACGGGCCGAGGCUUACCUCGAGCUGGGAAGAAACCAGCUUGCAGCCAGAGAUGUAGAUAUUGCGCUGGAUUUGAGACCACAAGAUCCUGUCAUUCGCAAGCUAGGAGAGCGGCUGGUGAAAGCCUUCGAAGCCGAAGAGGAACAGCGACAGCUAGACAAAGCGGCGGCGUCGUCAAUAUGA